UUAGCCUGCCUGCUCGCGCGCAGUGGCCGUCUUGACAUCAUGACACAGUUUUGGUUGUUUGUCACAGCACCUUUAAAUCCUGACCUGCGAUGUCUAGUAUACAUAUGACAGCAUCUUUUAUGUGCUGCAACUUACUUGUCUUGAAAGCGCUGUGCUCAGUGCUCACUCGUCCGCCACGACUGGAUCCCAUUCGGUUUCGCAGAGCCUGAUGCGCCCAAACGUAAGAGGCCAGCUUAUAGUGGCCUAAGUUGUGGAUCUAAACUAAAGGGCACAUUCCAACAUUACGAGGGUGCUUACUUGUUCACUGCUCGUUAGUUGCAGGGCCUUGCGUCACUCCUGGAGAGCCUGGCCCGAAUAAAGUAGUGCAAGUCAGCCUACAGUCUUAAGAACGACGACAACCAGCUUCUUGACGCUCAGCAGGGACCGGCGAGGACUAGGGCGAGGGCUCGAAACCCAUGCUCUGACAAGCUCUUCGAACACAUCUCAGGCGACAUGGCCGCGCCGUCGGAGGCAUCGUCCUAUGCGGCGGGUAGCGUGGCAAGCUCGCGAUCAUCGGACUCUCGGCGAGCGCGUAUCGACAGAGACGCUGACGACGGGCAAGAACGUGGUAUCCUUGAGAAGCGAUCAUCACUGGAAAAUGGUAUCUUCGGUGUUCUGUUUACCCUGAGCAAGGAGAACAGCGAGACGCGCAUCCGCAUCCGCUGGGUGCUUCUGAAGAUCUUGCUGGAUGGCUGGCAGCUGUUCGCCACCGUCAUCCAGCCCGCCAAGCAGGGCUGGGACAUCGACCCAAAUGGAGCGGCAUGGUCGGUGGUCGGUGUGCUCAACUUCACGUGGCUUACUCAUCUGGGCUACGGCGCUUACCUGGCCCUGCUGUACGCCGCAGUGGCGCUGCUGGUGGUCAACAUCGGGCUGUGCGUGUGGGUGGCCUGGUGCUUCAAGGAGCAGAAGUUCCCAGUCGUGUGGCCGAUCAAGGUGCUGCGGCUGUUCAGCUCCGUCUUCUUCCAGGCCUUUGACGUUGCGUCGCUGAACCUGCUGCAGCUCGGCAUCAGCUGUCGCUUCACUGGCCCAGUCAAGCCGCACAUGUACAUGGACCUGUUUCCCGUGUACAGCUGCAUGACCACCCCGCAAGUCAUCCAUGCCGUGAUCUCCGGCGUCUUCCUGCUUCUGUUCGUCAUCAUUGCCAUGCUCCUCAACAUGGCCGAGGUUGAGGUGAACCCUCUGGGCCGGCGGCCCAUGGCCCUGGGCCACAGCGGCGCGGAGGUGAUGGCGUUCGCGGUCAAGGCGCUGCUGACCCUGGUGGACGUGUUCCUGGGCUGGCGCAAGGUGGCGGCGUGCGCCUACCUGGCUCUGUCGCUGGCGCUGGCGUGGCAGAACCUGCGAUGGAACCCCAACCUGGUGGCAUGGGUGAACUACCUCAAGUCGGGUGUCUCCACCUUGGUCGUGUGGUGCUGCCUCACGUUGAUGCUGCUGGUGUUUGCUCCGGGCGUCAAGCAGUCAGAGCUGAGCAGCUGGUCCAGCGCCAUGACCAUCACCAUGCUGGCGGGCCUGGCGCCAGCGUUUGGUGUGGGGGCGGCCAUGUCCUGGUUCUUCAUCCGCAAGAUGACCACCACCGCGCUGCAGGCCAUGGCGACCGCCAAGCCCGAGACACCCAUCCAAGAUAUUUGUGACAACCUGGAUGACCCCCGGGACGUGGAGAUCGUGGCUCGGUGCUCACGUGUGUGGCGCGAUCGCUAUACGCUUGACCCCGAAGCUGUGAAGAAGGCACACAGUCUUAUCAAGGCCGGCCUGGCCAUGUUCCCCGGCAGCGCCUACAUGGUGCUGCUGCAUGCCAACUUCAUGAUCGAUGUGCUGGGGGUCAGCCAGAGCGGCGCGCGACGCAUCGAGGACGCCCGCAAGCUCAACCCCGGCCUCAUGUGUCGUUUCAUGAUGUUUGUGCGACAGCAGCAGGCCACGCAAAAAGCUGCCGGCAACAGCGCAAACGACGGAGCCAGCAUGGACUUGCUCAGCUAUGUGGAGUACCAGCGCAAGCAGCGCAUGGUGGUGCGGCUUCACCGCGAGGCGCUGCAGGCCAUGUGCAACUUCUGGAAAGCGCUGGACGCGUCACGCGUGUCUUUUACCCACCUCAGCAAGGCCCUGGGCAAGAUUGAGAGCUCGGUAUCUCAGGCCCAGGCCGCGUACCGCGUCGUGCUGGAGAGCUACCGCAACAGCCCUAAGCUGGUUCGAUUGUACGGCAAGUUUCUGGAGAAGAUUAAGAACGACCCGUGGGGCGCAGCUGAGUACUUUGCGGAGGCUGACCGCCUGGAGGAGGUCAAGAACGGGGACGCGCGCGGCCCGCUGCUUCCAGACGGCACCCCCCUGGGCCGAAUGGACGAGAUGGCUGCGGCUGUGCUGGUCAUCAACGCGACUGGCGAGAUUCAGAUGGCAAACAAGCGCACCCACAUCCUGUUCGGGCACAAGCGCGGCACGCUUGAGGCCAAGCCCCUGGCGAUGCUGCUGGCGCCGCACUGCGCGCGGCGUUUUGCGGAUGAGCUGGCGGAACUGGUUGCAAACAAUGGCAUGGCCACGUCAGUCGGUGGGGAGACGACGGCCGGCCAUGCCGGCGACAGCUCCCAGUCUCAGGGCCCGGACAUUGCGGUUGUUGGCAUGCACUAUGACCGUGUGGCCUUCCCAGUGAAAUUGUCACUGCGCAAAGCCUCAGGCGUGGGCGAGGACUCCACCUUCAUUGCGCUCAUGGAGCCCAUGCCGCCCCCGCACAACACCGCGUGCCUGUGGGUGUCCCCCAACGGCAUCGUGGCGGCGGCGGACCCCCAGUUCGUGGCCAACUUCGGCUGGAGGGCCACCGAGGUCAACGGCUCCAACCUGACCGCACUCAUGAUGGUGCAGGCCACGGACUCCAUGUCAGGUGGCAGCCAGAAAGGCGAAGAUGAGGAAGCAGGGGUCAUGAUGGUCACUGAGAGCGCCAGCGACACCAUCAAGAGGCUGCUGACUUGGGCCAAAGUGGGCAGCAGCCAGCAACAGCUUUCCGCUGCGACUAGCCAGGGCCUUCAGUGCCUACUGGCGCAUAAGUACAACAGCUAUCCGGUGCCCUGCCGUGUCACAAUCACGCCAAGUGGCUCCACCGAGACACCCGUCCACGAGCUGCGGCUGCAGCUGGCAUCCGACGACCCGGCCAAGCUGCUGGUGGUGAACCGCAAGGGCGUCAUCCUGCACGCCUCAACCGAGCUGGCCAGCGCGCUCAAGGACUCGAUGACCGGGGGCGGACACAACAAGCAUGGCCACACCCAACUGGGAAGCGCCUUUGGGGAGGGACUACUGGGAGGUGGUGGCAGUGGAGCAGCAGGUGGCGGUGGUGGGUUUGUCUUUGGCGCCGACCUGCUGACUGGCUUCACGCUGUGCGAGUUCCUGCCGGCGCCAUGGAAGGACAUGCACGUGCGCUUUCUCAAGGACAUCACCUCCUCCUCGCCGCCCACACGCUCCCUGUGGUCGUGCCGCAAGGCCGCGCCGCAACCUACCCUGGAGCUCCGCACCAUGACCGGGCGUCCGCUGUACAUGCAAGUCUCCAUCACCAGUGGCGACCUGAACGGCGAGUCCACCCACGUCAUUGGCCUGCAGAGGUCCUCCCUCGAGAACGCCUUGUCCGAGCGUCGUGUGCGCCUGACCGUGUCAGAGGAUUGCCUCAUCAGCGCCAUCAGCCAGGGCCCAGCGGCUCACAUGUUCGGCAUGGAUACCAACCGGGUGGUGGGCCGGGGCCUGUGGGAGGUUGUGGACGAGGCUGCUGCCACACACGAUGAUGGGCGUGUGUCCACGCCCGGCCCACGGAUGCUGGGUCCGCUCAUUGCUAAAGCCUUGGCGGCUCCUGGCCAGAGCUGGCGCGUCAGUGUGGCUACCCCAACGCCGCGGCGUGGCUCAGUGCUGGGGCCUGCUGUUGUGAUAGGCGCCUCAAAGGCCAAGCCCGCCAUCAUGCAGGUUCACGUGGAGCCGCCGUCUGACGAGGAGGCGGCUGCUGGCCAGGGCAACCACGUGUAUGUGGACCUGUGGCCCGUGCACGCCGUGAGCGGUGUGCUACAGCUGGACGCGACGGGCCGCAUCACGUCGGUGCUGGAGGAGCACACGCGGCCCGCGGGCCUGCUGUUUGGGCUGCACCACGACGCCCUGGUCGGUGAGGCGCUCGACAGCCUGGUCACCAUGCCGCCGGGCCGCACCUCGGCGGCUGAGCUGCUGAGUCUGCACGGCGCCAAGAAGAGUAACCUCAAGACCAAGCAGAAGGACGUGGCGGUCAAGGUGGGCCCGGUGCACAAGCUGCGUGCUACCCACGCGGACGGCAAGCCCCUGGUGCUGGACGUGCAAGUGGUGGGCAAGCCCGGGCCCAACGAGCCGGUCAUUGCCAUCCUGCGCCUGCACACCGCACCCAUGGCGCCGGCGGCGACACCGCCGCCAGCGUUCUCAUCACCACCACCUGCCCAACCGUCAGCAGCAAGGAAGCCCACCGUUGAAUCAGCACUGGAGGCCACCAAGCAGGUCGGUGCCAGCAAGCGCUUUGCCACUGACACCGAACAGCCGCCUCAGCCGUCGGCAGUGGAACCGGUGUCGGCGGUGGUCGCAGCACCAACAGGUGACAUGGGCAAGGUGGAGCCGAAGCAGUCCAUCGACUCCGUGGGCACUCCGCCUGAAGCCGGUAGCCCCCGCCGUGUGGACUCUGUGCUCCUGAAAGGCCAGUCCACAGGCGGCGACCAGCAACUCUCGCUGCCGCAGCAGGACCCGUCAGCCAUUGCUCCUGCCUCAGCUCCCCAGCCACCGCCACCGGCAGCGUUGCUGGCCGCCCUGUCUGCGUCAGGCCUGCCAACGCCUGGCGUCACAGCCGCCGCGGGCGCAGCCCGCAACACCGCCGCGGAGGUGAUCGGUCGCAGCAAGCUCGCCGACCUGGUCAAGUCGCGCGCGAGUAGUAGCGGCGGCGAAAACGCGUUGCUGCAGCAGCCCGCGGUCGCGGCGGUUGCUGCCGUGCCGCAGCCGCCGCUGCCCGGCACCGCGACCGCCAAGCCGGGUCAAGGAGGAGACGCAGACCUGAAGGAGAUGGAGGACUUUAUUGGUGCAGGCGCGGACGGUGACGGUGAUGACGUGGCCAAGCCACGCGAGGCGGCGGCGCUUCGCGCCAAACCGGGCUCGCCACGCCCGGCGGCGGGCCGUAAGGCCGCUGCGGCCCGCGCGCCUGCCCCCGGCACUCCAGACGACAGUGACGAGGAUGCCGGAGGAGAUCCCGAGGACGGCGAGCACCAAGACGGCAGCGACAGCGAAAAGGGUGCCAGGCCCGGCAAGAUCAAAGGCAACGACCGCAUUUCGACCUGGGUGACCAGCAAGGGAGCAUUCUACCAGAACUCGGUAGUGCUGGGCGACGGCAAGGCUGACGAGGAUGGAGACAACGGUUCGAUGGGCAGCAGUGAGUGCCCCGAGGAGGAGGAUGGCGUGGGUGACUUUGCGGCCCCGGCCGCGGCGGCACACAGGGCCAGCGGCCCAGGCGCCCUGAAAGGCGCCCUGGCGGCCGGCGGUGCCGCGGCGGCUGCGGGCAAGCUGGGCGGAGAUGGCGGCGGCGGUGGCAACUACGCGGAUGACGACGCGGGAAGCGAGGGCGGGCAGAGCGCCAUAUCGGCUCAGUCUUCCAGUGGCGGCGCGGAGUACAAGCGCGGCAAGAGGUUCCGCAAGCUGGUCAAGCUGAUGGACUCGGGACAGGCGCAGCAGGUGCAGCAGCGUUUCCGCAUGCACGCGCUCAUCACCGUGGCUUUGCUCGCCAUUGUGCACGUGGUGUGCUUCACGCUGACGGUGGUCAACAUCCAGGCGCAGCGCAACAGCAUGCUGCAGCUGGGCUACAGCGGCGAGCUGCAGACGUCCCUGCACCAGAUGCUUACGGACGUGCGGUCGCUGGACAGCAUCUCGCGCAACAAGACGCUGGAAAAUAUCUUCACUGCGGCCGAUGCUCCGAUGUUUGUGAAGCGUCUGUCCAGGAACGCUGAGCAAAUCAAGGUCCGGCUAAACAACAUCAUGGCGACGCAGGGUCACAAAGGAAGCAAAAUCAUGGAUCUGUUCUACUUUUAUGAUGUCUCCGUCUGGGACGGCUGGGAGGCGGACGGGAGCUCAAGCUACAUUAACCUGACCGUUUGGGAUUUCGCGACGCGCACAUACGCCAUGGCCAAGAACGUGGAGCAGCACUGGCAGGACUGGCUGGAUGAGGGCACUCACGUGCUGGACACGCCCGAAGCUUACUUCCUGCACACCAGCAGCCCGCUACUGUUCCAGGCCACACGGAAGGUUCUUGAUGCGCUGCUAUUCGAGGCCGUGGACAGCGUCAAGACGGUGGACUUUUAUCAGCUCGCCUUCUUGGCAAUCGAAGGCGCCUUCAUCAGCUGCGCCGCCGCUUUCUAUCUGGCCUACCUGCUGCGGGCGGUGGCGGCGCAGCGGUACAAGCUGUACGGCACAUUCCUGGUCAUACCCGUGGGCCUCACGCGCGCCCUGGCCUCUCAGAACACCGCCCUUUUGGUCGAUGGCGAGGAGGAUGAGGAGGACGACGACGAGGAGGAGACAAAGCCCGCCGCCUUGGUUACUGAAGAUGACACCUCCGGGCACGGCGGCAAGCAGAAACGCCGCGCCAACUUUGCCUCCGGUGGCGGAGCCGACGCCUCAGGAGCUGCAGCAGGCGGCACAUUCGGCAAGCCGCAGGGCUCAGUCGCUGCCGCAGCCGGCGCCGGCCGCUCUGCAUCAAACGUCAAGCGCGGGAGCGCAUCGGAGGUGUAUGGUGGCAAGUACGGCGGCGGUCAGAAGCGGGGCUCCAGUGGCGACCUGGGCGGUGGCGCGGCCGACGGCAAGUACAACCAAAGCAACGGCGAUGACUGGGAUGUCGAUGACGGCGGCGGCAACAGCCGCACCACCAGUGGGGCCAAGGGCCCCCGGCUGGGCUGCUGGGCGGGCUUCAAGCUUUCGAUGAGGCGCAUGUUCAGGCGCACCCGUGGCGUGUCGCCGCUCCACCGCAUCGGCAGCUCCCAACGUGGCGGCGCCGCUGGCGGUGGUGCUGUGGGCGCGGCGGCAGGCGGUGCUGCGCCCGCCAGCAGCAAGCGUGUGCUGAAGUACGACUCGUAUGACACCGCGGUCAUGCUGAUUCCGUUCGUGGUGUGGAGCGCGCUGGUCAUCACCAUUUACGCUGUGGCCGUUGCCUCCAUGUCGCACGUGGUGUCGGAGGUCGCGAUCCACUCCGUUGUCAACUUCAUGUCCGCGCGCACCUCACGUGCGGUGUUCUAUGGCCAGGAAGUGGCGGCGGUGGAUGACCCAGCCGACCUGCCGGCGCGGCAGGCAGACCUGCUGGUGGCGAUCAAGCUGGUGCGCGACGCCUGGUACACACUGCAGCUCGGAGACCAGGCGUACCGGGCGGCAGGUAACGACACGGCGCUCUUUCCCCUGGUGACCACGGGUCUGUCGUACAGAUCGCCCAAGCUGGCAAACCUGUUCUAUGGUAGUGGCAGCUGCCACCGACUAUCGCCGGAAUACCUGCCGUGCCCCGGCCCCGAGUACCGCUUCUAUGAGAUCUCCCACACCGGCCUGGACUCCAUGAUGCAACAGUUCAUGAUCAGCAUCCACUCCAUCGCCACCAACACCAGCGGCAUUCCAGAAGGCAUGGAGGAUGACCACUUCGACUACCUGUACAACGUCGGGUUCAAGGACAUUGUGGAUGGCACCAUGGAGGUGAAGCAGGCGCACACAGAGAUCCUGCUCAGUCUGUUCAACAACAUUCUUCUUCUGCACAUCAUUUUGUUCCUGUUCCUGUGGGUCAUCUUCGCUGGAUUCUUAUUCCUGAUGCUCAACCCGCUCAUCAAGCGCGUCUCCAAGGAGCGGCGGCGUAUCGCGGAGCUGAUGAGUCAGCUGCCACUGGAGCUGGACGUCGAGAAGCUGGUGGGCCGGGCGCUGGCACUCCCGACCACCGCUGCCGGCGCGCUCGUGGGCAGUGGCGGAAGCGUGACAGGUGUAGGCGGUCCCUUUUCGGCCUCCGGAGCCACCGUCGACAACUUUGACGUUGGCGGCGGCCAUGGGGCGGAGGGCGCUGCCGGUGGCGGCGGCGGCGUGGACACCACCAGCAAGUGGAAGGCCAUCAUCAAGCAGGCCAGCGUCACCACCGGGAAGGGCAACAAGGGCGCGCAGUAGUUCAUCAAGCGUACGCACCUCACUGCAGCACAGCACACAGCAUGACAGAAUGCAUUGGCAUCGUGGGGAUGAGACCCGAGAACCCCGAGACCAGGAGAAGAUGAGAAGGCCGUGGACAUAUGUUUGUAUAUGAAGAGAGCGAGAGAAUUUAUGGCGAGAUAGUUGGGCACGUGACCAGUCGGGCGCGUGUCUGCCCACCGACUGCUGCAUCAUUUUCCUACUGCCACGCCACCACACUAGACUUUAGUUUGCACGAGGACGCAGCACUAGGACGCGGCAUACAUGGCGUAGCAUUGAGCACUGCAUGGUGUGUGAUGUAUGAUUGAUGGGUGCUCCCCCACGUGGUGCUCCCCUGUCGGACACCAUUGGGGUUUCCUUCCGUCCCAACGUGAAUGUUCGUUAGUCCGCAUCUCUUGGCAAUAUUUGCAUGAGUGCUCUUGUUUCCAUGUGCCCCCAUUAUUUCUGUACGUACAGUACGGUAUACGUAUUGAUAUAAGGGCUUCGCAGCAGCAGCCGGAUUGAGUACCGUAGUGCUGCUGCAAGCAUGCGUUUGGCACCGUGACGUGCCGGAACACCCAGUGAUAAGAGUGUCGAUAAGGUAACGUGGAUGGUGCCAGCAGCAUCGCGGUGGAGGGGCGGCCUGCCUCUGCAUGUGCACCUGUGCCUGGAUGAACCCAGAAUCCCUGUGUGUUUUCAAGGCUGCAUGCGGCGUGUGCAGCUGUGCACUCGCAGUGUAGCACCCACUUCUCCGGCAGCUGACGAUGGGCACCUCAGGCCCGUCAUUCCUUCUCGUUCGACGUUUCUUGAUGUGGUUACUAUUGCCUUUUGCUUGGUCAGCCUUCGUGCGGGCAUUUCUGUACAUUGUCCUGUGAUUGUUGUUGUUGCCCUCGGCGUGCGCGGGCGCUGGAGCGUGGGUUCUGACGGUUUAACAACGCCCGCGCAGAGCAGCCGCGUAAGCUGUUGGAUGCGGUUUCAUUGCAUUGUUUGCCGCAUUCAUAAGCACGUCCAUGCCCCACUGCAAUUGUGUGUGACGCUGGGGCGUGGUGCGUGGUACGUACGAUUGGUGUUCCUGCGUCAGGCGGUGACACGCCAAGACACAGGGCACACAGAGAUAGACCCGGGCACGGCGCAGCUUCAGCGCCCAAAUGAGCUAGAUUGUUAUUGGAAGGGCUUCACAAGCCCAUCACCAAAAUUUUAUGGCACAUGCAACUACUGAGAUUGAUGUAUAUCCUUUUAUUGGGGCAGAUAACGGCGGUGCCUCUGGACGCGGGCAUGCCCGUGGGCUGCCCCCGGAAGGGGGUCACAUGCAAUGUUCCCCAAAUGCAUUUCAAGGUUACAAAUACAAUUGGUUGGAGGCUGGACAUAAGGCAACGCACGGUAACGAACCGGGUACUAAGCAGAAGCACGAGUGAGGCAGGGAAGUGCCUUGGCUCAGCCUUGGACGCAUAGGGAUUAGGUACGCACCAACUUGCCUGUGUUGCACAAUCAUCUGUUCGGCGAUGCCGCUGCACCUGCCCUGACGGCACGGCUGCUGGCGCAGUGCCUUGAUGAGCCGCCCUGUUGCUUAGCACAGUACCGGUAGCACAUUGAAGGUGUGUGUGUGUGUGUGUGUGUGUGUGUGUGUGCGUGCGUGCGUGCGUGCAUGCAUGUGUGUGUGUGUGUGUGUGUGUGUCCAUCCGACAUGUGUCAAGAAGUGUGCAGAAAGUGUGUAUGCGUGGGUGGUGACGUUGGGUUGGAUCACAAGCUACGACAUCAUACAUACGAGCACUUGUUCACUUGUGUACGGCCGUUGGUUCACCGCUUGCUGGGUGUUUGCUGUGUUGCUCGUGGUUCGUGGCGUUUCACUUGUAUGGCACUUUGCAGUGCAUCUGAUAGCGCGUGCACAUGCAUCAUGCGUCCCGGUUGACGCGGGCCAACGGCAAUAGCUGUCAGCGGUGAGUCUGCUGGCGGCACCAGCCAUGUAACCGCUCGCGAAUCUAGGGACGGUCCGCUGCCUCAACCUACGUACGGUACAGGCCUACAGGAGACACAUGUGCGUAGCGAAUGGUCUUUUGGCUGUGAUC